AUGGGAAUGGUGUCGACGGCUGGAAGUAAUGAAGGUGGAUCAUUUGGAGACGAGUUGGAAGAACAGAUACGAAUGCUGCUUGAUGAUGAAAGAAAAGGUGAUUUGUAUCGAAGUGGGUCAGCUCCUCCCAUCGUUGAACGUGAUUUGAUUCAUAAUCAUGUUAGUGGAUUAAUAAUCAGGCCUGAAGAUGAACAACAACUUAGGUCUGAUUCAUCUUAUCGACCAUAUUACUAUUCAAACAUGAAUUUAAACCCUAGAUUGCCGCCUCCUUUGCUUCCUAAGAAUGAUUUGAGAUUCACCAGACGUCUGCAAGGAGAAAGCUCAGCUUCUGGCGGUGGUGGUGGUGGUGAGAAUUCCAUCUUUUCAAACCCUUCUGGUUUAGGAUUUCAGCAGCAGGGACAUAUGGAUCCGAAUUUCAUUUCCAGGACUCCAAAUGUUGACCCUAAUUACCUGUUUCAUAUUCAAAAUGGUAUGAACAAUGGUAAUCUUCCUCAUCCUGUCAUGAGAAACUUACCAUCUGGUAACUUUGAUAGAUCAUCGAAUCAUGUAUCUGAGAAUGGUUUUCACUAUUUACCCUCCCCCGAUUUUCUUACUGCACAAAUGGCUGCUCUUAAUGUGAAUGGGAACCAAAAUAGGAAUAGGGAUAUGAAUAGGAAUGAUCCUCGUAGCCCUGUCCAUUUCAAUCGCCAAGCAUCCUAUGGAAACCUUGCACAUAACGGUUUUCUGAAUCCAAACGAGCUGAAUAUUCGAUUGCUUCCUUCUGAAAUGAGUCACCGUUUUCUCGAAGAGUUCAAGAAUAAUAUUAAUAAGAUGAAUGACUUUCAACUCUAUCAAAUUGCUGGCCAUGUUGUUGAGCUCAGCACCGAUCAAUAUGGGAGCCGGUUCAUACAACAGAAGCUUGAGACGGCAACAGUGGAGGAAAAGAACAUGGUUUUCAUCGAAAUUAUGCCUCAAGCUCUUGUUCUAAUGACUGAUGUCUUUGGCAAUUAUGUCGUUCAAAAGUUUUUUGAUGUUGGAACGGCACCUCAUAAAAGAGAAUUGGUUAGAAUACUUACUGGUCGUGUCCUGCCUCUUUCCCUUCAAAUGUAUGGCUGCCGAGUGAUGCAGAAGAUGUUAGAAGGUGCUACUUUGGAUCAAAAAGUAAAACUAGUCGAAGAACUUGCUGGUCACGUCAUGGUCUGCGUACGCGAUCAGAAUGGAAACCAUGUCAUACAAAAAUGUAUCGAACGCAUUCCUGUGGAAUAUAUUGGAUUUAUUGUCACUUCGUUCUUCGGUCAAGUCGCGAAUCUUUCCAUGCAUCCUUAUGGAUGCCGUGUUAUACAGAGGGUGUUGGAGCACUGCCAGAAGCCAUUCAUCCAAAAAAGAUUGAUGGACGAAAUUAUUCACUCGGUUCAGACUUUAGCGCAAGAUCAGUAUGGCAAUUACGUAAUUCAGCAUGUGCUUAUGAAUGGAAAUCAACAAGAUCGAUCAAAAAUCAUACAUGAACUAGCUGAAAUUAUAGUUGAUAUGAGCCAACAGAAAUUCGCCUCCAAUGUAGUUGAGAAAUGCUUGAAACAUGCUUCCCCAUCCGAGCAUCGACUUCUAGUUAACCAAAUUCUCGGCUCCACAGACGAGAACGAGCCACUCCAGGCGAUGAUCAAAGACCAGUUUGGAAACUACGUUGUGCAAAGGGUUUUGGAAACGAGCGACAGACAAGUACGUGACCUCAUAUUGUCACGUAUUAAGGUCCAUAUGAACUCUAUCAGGAAGUUCACAUAUGGAAAACACAUAUGUGCCCAAUUAGAGAACCUACUUAAAGUUGCAGGAGAGAGGAUGGCGUCUAGGCCUCCCCGCCCUGCCUGA